UGGAUACGCCCAUCUGCCAUUCUGCCUCGACAAUCUGCGACAAUGUUUGAAUACACCGACUACCACACGGUCUUCCCCGCCGGGGCCCAGGUGCCCUACGAUCGCAAGCGCAUCCACGAGAUCGAGGCGCGCCGGAAAGAUUUGGGCGGGCAGCUCUUCAUGGAUCGUGUUCUGAAGGCACUGGGAAUCAGCAAAAACAAGAUUUACCCUCCAAAGAACGACAAUGGCGUAAAACAACUCCACCAACAAAUCUGCGAAAGCAACAUGUCGAUGCACCACAAGCUGUCGCUGCUAUACUAUGUGCUCUUGGACUUUGAUAUCGUUGACGGCCAGGCGUCUCUGUCUGAAACAUUUGCUUCUGCUUCGGGCAUGCCUCAGAAAUACGAAAUCUUUAUGAAGGGACUGUGGUAUAUGGACUGCUUGGCCUUUUCGACCGCUCUGGAAUAUGUCGCCCAUCCGUCACUGGUACCAGACUUUGCAGAUGAUAUCGUCAUCACUCUUGUGCAGCAUUCUUCAGAUGGCGACUUCGAUCUUGCGCUAUCUUACUACCAUACUGUUCAGCCGGUUUUAAAAUCUUCCAAAGCUUUGGAGCUCAUCUUUGGCGCCAUGGCCCAAACCAAUGUCACUGAGGCGCUCCUAUGCUCCCGCACAUACCCAGAGUAUACCCGCGAGCUUCUCUUUCGGCAGCUGAUUGCAGAGACUCUCGGUAGCAAAUCGGCGCAGGCAGACGAAUUGGCAUUCCUUCCCUUUGACUCUCUUGAGGAGGUGUGGUUUGAGGAGUAUCUCUCUUCUGGUGAAGGUAGAAAUCUUAAAAAGGCAAAGGAUACUCUCCUCGUCCGCAAAAUCGCCAGCGACCGAUUUGGGGAGAUUCGAACACAGAGGACAAGCAGCCAGUGGGGACCUGUGUUGGAGGGUAUCAAGCAGGGCAUUGAGGGCCAAUUCGAAUGAUUUUCAGCUCAGUUAGCUACCUGGACCACUUUGCAUAGCGUUGGCGUUAUUGGAAUGGAUGACAAGGGGCUUUGAUUAACAAUUAAAGGUCUUUUCUGAUCAUGGAGAGCUCCUGCAGGGAGCACACAUGUUGGAGAGUGCUAGAAUUUAUGCCCUCCUCUAAAACAAGGCUGCGUCGAGUUUUUUUUUUUUUAAUCCACACCAUAAUAGUAAUCUCUUCUAAAUCUUUCAAUCUAUUGGUUGCAGGCAAAAUUCGCAGAAUUCUUUCCUCUACCAAAGAAUUUCCAUCCUGUGUCUCCUUGUCCCUUUUUACUGCGCCUUCUUAACAGUAGAUGCCGCCUUUACCUUGGCGAACACCUUUGCGGUCUCGCUGACGCUCUGCUUGAUGAGCAGCAGAGGAAUAACAAUCCAGAAGAAGUUGCAGAGGAAGUAGUAAGCCCAGAAGUAGAAUCGCUCCGGCCGGCAGUAGACAAUGUCGUUGACGACCUCCUGGAACGUGCAGAUGGCGUAGUACAAGACGUCGCCGUACAGCUGGCCCAGGCUGAUGAUGAGCUGGAACGGGUGGCGCAGCGGGUGCUCGGCAAUGAUGAAGUAGACGCAGAAGAAGGACAUUGGGCCCCAAAAAACAGCAGUGACGGUCUCCAUGCAGACGGUGAAGGCGUCCUGGGUCAUGUAGCGAGAGUCAGAGAGGGCGUAUUCCUUCCACAGCUGGCCGAAGAUGUCGGUCUUGCUGGCCAUGUCGAAUGCAUUAUAAGAAAAGUAACCUUCAAAAAAGAGAUGGAUGCAGCCACAGAGCGCAAACCAAAGCGCUAUUGAAACCUCGCCGGCGCCCAUCGAGGGCCUCAUCCGCUGAAUGAUGCCAUAUGUGACUCCAAAGAUGACGACGCAUCCUGCUCCAAAGAUGGACACGAGCGGCAGCGCCGAAAGAGUGUUGGGCACGAAGGUUGGCAGCUCCGUGAUAAAAGGGGAGAACGGGUGCAGAGGCAGAUCCGCCAUGACUUGCUCGAUGGUGCUAUUCAUUGCUGCUGCUG